AUGCUCUACCAACUGAGCCACUGUCAGUUGGUAGAGAAGAAGAAGAAUAAAAAGAAGAAGAAGAAGGAGAAGAAGAAGAAGAAAAAGAAGAAGAAGAAGGAGAAGAAAAAGAGGCCCGUAAUAAAAAUCCAGACCUCCUCCACUCUCCUCCUGCUCCCUCUAUCCAGACCUCCUCCACUCGCCUCCUCCUCCCUCUAUCCAGACCUCCUCCACUCUCCUCCUGCUCCGUCUAUCCAGACCUCCUCCACUCGCCUCCUCCUCCCUCUAUCCAGACCUCCUCCACUCUCCUCCUGCUCCCUCUAUCCAGACCUCCUCCACUCUCCUCCUGCUCCCUCUAUCCAGACCUCCUCCACUCGCCUCCUCCUCCCUCUAUCCAGACCUCCUCCACUCUCCUCCUGCUCCCUCUAUCCAGACCUCCUCCACUCUCCUCCUGCUCCCUCUAUCCAGACCUCCUCCACUCUCCUCCUGCUCCCUCUAUCCAGACCUCCUCCACUCUCCUCCUGCUCCCUCUAUCCAGACCUCCUCCACUCUCCUCCUGCUCCCUCUAUCCAGACCUCCUCCACUCUCCUCCUCCUCCCUCUAUCCAGACCUCCUCCACUCUCCUCCAGCUCCCUCUAUCUCAGCCCGAUCUCAGCCGGAGCCAAUAUUUCACUCGGGGCCUGA